AUGGCGGGUGAAAAGGCUGAGAAGCCAGAUACUAAGGAGAAAAAACCUGAAGCCAAGAAGGCUGAUGCUGGUGGCAAGGCUAAAAAGGUGAAGCAGGUUAAGAAGGGGAAGCCCCACUGCAGCCGAAACCCUGUCCUGGUCAGAGGAAUUGGCAGAUAUUCCCGAUCGGCUAUGUAUUCCAGAAAGGCCUUGUACAAGAGGAAGUAUUCAGCAGCUAAAUCCAAGGUUGAAAAGAAAAAGAAGGUGAAGGUUCUUGCUACUGUCACAAAACCAGUUGAUGGUGACAAGAAUGGUGGUACCCGGGUGGUUAAACUUCGCAAAAUGCCUAGGUAUUAUCCUACUGAAGAUGUGCCUCGAAAGCUGUUGAGUCACGGCAAAAAACCCUUCAGUAAGCAUGUGAGAAAACUGCGCGCUAGCAUCACUCCUGGGACCAUUCUGAUUAUCCUCACUGGGCGCCACAGAGGCAAGAGGGUCAUUUUCCUGAAGCAGCUGAGCAGUGGCUUGCUACUUGUGACUGGGCCUCUGUCCCUCAAUCGAGUUCCUCUGCGGAGAACACACCAGAAAUUUGUCAUUGCCACUUCCACCAAAAUUGAUAUCAGUGGUGUGAAAAUCCCAGAACAUCUCACUGAUGCUUAUUUCAAGAAGAAGAAACUGCGUAAGCCCAGGCACCAGGAAGGUGAGAUCUUUGACACAGAGAGAGAGAAAUACGAGAUUACAGAGCAGCGGAAGGUUGAUCAGAAAGCUGUGGACUCACAAAUUCUGUGAAGAAUCAAAGCUGUUCCUCAGCUCCAGGGCUACCUCCGCUCUGUGUUUGCUCUUACAAACGGAAUUUAUCCUCACAAAGUAGUGUUCUAAACUUCUUACAAAGAACCUAAUUAAAUAA